CACACGGCAAGGACAUCGUGAGGUUCCGGUGACGACUGUGAUUUCUUUUUAACAACAUGGACGCACUGACUUCAAAGAGAAUUGUUCUACUUGGAAAAACUGGGGCUGGGAAAAGCAGCCUGGCCAACACCAUACUGGGAGAGAAUGUCUUCAACGUAUGCCAUUCACCCGUUUCUGAAAUUAGUCUGCCCCGUUUAGUAAUUAGGUCUGUAAAUGGAAAUAACAUCAGUUUUAUUGACACUUGCAGUAUUUUUGACACAGGCAUGUCUGAGCAAUUACUCAGGGAUGAGAUAGUGAGGUGCAUGACAGAGUGCGCUCCCGGACCUCAUGCUUUUCUCAUCGUCCUCAAAGUGGAGAAAUUUACACAGCAGGAGCAAGAUGUAAUCAAAAAAAUAUGUCAAGAUUUCUCUGAAGAUGCUAUGAAAUACGCUGCCGUUGUCUUCACUCAUGGCGACCAGCUCGCAGAGGGAACGAGAAUCGAGGAAUUCAUCAGUCAUAACAAAGAGCUCAGCAAUCUGGUGGAGAAGUGUGGAGGCAGAUGCCAUGUUGUUGAUAAUAAAUACUGGAAAGACAAGAAAGAAGAUGACUACAGGAGCAAUCGGUUCCAAGUAGCAGAGAUACUCAGGACAAUAGACAAAAUAAGUGAGGCAAACAAUGGAAGCUGCUACACCAAUAAGAUGCUACAAAAGAUAGAAAGUGAACUACAGAAAGAGGAAGAGCUUAUUAAAAAGUCAUCAGCAAACAUGUCGGUUGAACAGAUUGCAAUUGAAGCUAAAAAGGGUGUGAUGAACAAGCUGCUGAUUAUAUUUGCAGGUACAGCAACAGGCGUAUUGGUUGGAGCCUUUCUUGGUGUGGCAAAGAUGGUCACAUCAACUUUUUUGAAUCUGCAGGAGCAGACAGAUGCAACAGUAUCACUAGCUGCUAUACAGAAAGGCUUAGAGGGAGGUCGGUUAGGAUAUGCUGCAGCUGAACAAUCAGAAAGUGCAUCAGAAGCCUUUCAGAAAGCUGCUAAAGCUGUCCUGGAACACACUGUUAAAUAAUUGUUAGGAUCAUGACAACGACAGAGAGUGGACAGCAAAGAAAGCAGAGAAAGGAGUGUUGUUUUCUUAUGACUUGUAUGAUUACUUUAUAAGUAGAGAUAGUGGCAGUAGAGGAACUAUUUAGGUAUUUAGUCAAGGAAAAGUAGCAUUUGCUAAACACUUACACUACUUUGUUCCAGUUAAAUAUUAGCAAAUACAGGUACUUUUCAAGAAUAAUUUUCUUUAUACAAUUGGUUAUAGAUGCUGAUGCAUUUUUUUACAAUCUAUCAAAGUACAUCAAUAAACACAGAUGUAAAACAAUAUAUUUGUAAAACAUUAUAUUUGUUGGUAUUCACUUCUUAAUCAUUUCUGUCAGCUGUAAGCAGAAUAAUAAAUUACUAUGAAUUUGAAAAAAAUAUUUUAAGCAACUUAUAAAUAAACACACAUUUUAAGACCUUCAGGAGUGAACUUGUGUAAAUGCUUUGAUUUAAACUUGAUUAUGUCUUAUUACAAUUCAAUGAAACAGGUACAUAUUAAACGGAAAUGUAUAUAUCUGAAUUUUUUUCUUUUCUUUUCUUCCAGCAAUAAAAAAAAAACUAUUGAUGAAUCUCUGUAGUUUCUUAGGGUGAACAAUAUCGACCUGGGAGCUGGUUAUAAUAUACCGUGAUUUGGUAUUUAUAGUAUUUGCUAUGCUUUAGCCUUCAAAAUGUAUUACAUUGUCCCUCCUAAAGAUUGGUAUGUUUUUUAAAUAACUCCUUUUACAAGCUUUUAAGAUGUCUCCACUGUUUGUUUAUGAAAGACAGACGGUCCAACUUUCCAUUAUUAUUAUGAGAAACCCCAGUAUACUAGAAAGACAUGCAUAUGACAAGGACACAA